CCAUAAGCGGAGAUAACCUAAAAAAAAAAAAAUCCGAACUUUAAAACACACACAAAAAAAUAAAAAUAAAAAAUGUCGACGGCAGUAGCAUUGUCUUCCUCACUUAAACACAAUUUAGCUUUGGGCAUUCGAUUCCCUCAAAACCCUUCCUUUUACCGUCGAAAUGGACCCAAAGUUUCAACUUUUAGAACCUUCACAGUUGCAAUGGCGGCCAUUAACACUACUCCUCUUGAAAUCUGCGUUAAAGCUUCUGUUUCCACUCCCAAUAAGCUUGGCGACUGCCCCUUUUGCCAAAGGGUAUUGCUGACUAUGGAAGAAAAGCAUCUUCCUUAUGAAAUGAAGUUGGUAGAUUUGUCAAACAAACCAGAAUGGUUCUUACAAAUCAGCCCCGAAGGGAAGGUUCCGGUAGUGAAAUUCGAUGAGAAAUGGGUUCCUGAUUCUGAUGUCAUUGCGCAGUCAUUGGAAGAAAAGUAUCCCAAUCCACCAUUGGUAACUCCGCAGGAAAAAGCAUUGGUUGGCUCGAAGAUCUUCUCCACAUUCAUCGGUUUUCUUAAAAGCAAAGAUCCUAGCGGUGGAACAGAGCAAGCAUUGCUUGACGAGUUAAGCUCAUUCAAUGAUUAUAUCAAAGAAAACGGUCCUUUUAUCAACGGGGUGAAGAUUUCUGCGGCGGACUUAUCUCUAGCGCCAAAGCUAUACCAUCUCGAGAUUGCUUUAGGGCAUUACAAGAAAUGGUCUAUUCCGGACACACUUCCCUACACGAAAUCUUACAUGAAGACGAUUUUCUCGAUGGAUUCAUUCAUGAAAACACGUGCUAGUCCCGAAGACGUAAUUGCGGGUUGGCGUCCAAAGGUUAUGGGUUAAUUCUUGGCAUGCAAAUGAGAUCAAAGGACCUAGUUUUGUAUCUUCGAAGUUAAUAUCUUAUUUCCAUUGGUAUUUACCCAUAAUGUAUCAAAUAUUAACUCGAUAUUCUAUGUCUAAUAUUUAUCAUAGAGCCUAAUAUAUUUUAUUUUAGGUUGAAA